GUCUUAAUCCUUGAAACUUUUCUUUUACGGGAACUGGAUUAAGUUUCACUUUUGGUUUCCAUUACGGUUUUUAUUCCAAGAAUUUAAAGUCCAAAUUUACCCAGCCAGCGUCAGCGGGUUGGGUCUUCGGUCAGGGGUGGGCGGGGAACUCACCGAAAAAGCUAAGCUUAUUAGCCGCCCGCCGCGGGGGGUCAUCACAGUCCCAGGCUCAGCGCCGCAGCCUCCGCGCCCGCCGCGAGUCCCCGUUCGCAGGUCAUUCCAGAAAAAUGAGGAUAUAUAGUGUUUUUACAUUCAUGGCUUACUGUUGUUUGCUGAAAGCAUUUACUAUCACAGUUCCCAAGGACCUGUAUGUGGUAGAGUAUGGCAGCAAUGUGACAAUGGAAUGCAAAUUUCCAGUAGACAAGCAAUUAAACCUGUUGGCAUUAGUUGUUUACUGGGAAAUGGAGGAUAAGAAAAUUAUUCAAUUUGUGAAUGGGGAGGAAGACCUGAAUGUUCAGCACAGUAGCUACAGCCAGAGGGCCCAGCUGUUGAAGGACCAGCUCUUCUUGGGAAAGGCCGCACUUCAGAUCACAGAUGUGAAAUUGCAGGAUGCAGGUGUUUACUGCUGCUUGAUCAGCUAUGGAGGUGCCGACUACAAGCGGAUUACUUUGAAAGUCAAUGCUCCAUACCGCAAAAUCAACCAAAGAAUUUCUAUGGAUCCAGUCACGGCUGAACACGAACUAACGUGUCAGGCUGAGGGUUACCCUGAGGCUGAAGUCAUCUGGACAAGCAAUGACCACCGAGUCCUGAGUGGCAAAACCACCAUCACCAGUUCCCAGAGGGAGGAGAAGCUUUUCAAUGUGACCAGCUCGCUGAGAAUCAACACAACAGCUAAUGAGAUUUUCUACUGCAUUUUCCGGAGGUUAGGUCAUGAGGAAAACAGUACAGCUGAGUUGGUCAUCCCAGAGCCAUAUGUGGAUCCAGCAAAAAAGAGGACUCACUUGGUGGUUCUGGGAGCUGCCCUGUUGGUCCUUGGUGUAAUCCUGACAGUCAUCUUCUGUCUAAAAAGAGAUGUGAGAAUGAUGGAUGUGGAAAAAUGUGUCACCCGAGAUACAAACUCAAGGAAACAAAAUGAUCCCCAGUUUGAGGAGACGUAAUCCAGCAUUGAAGCUUCUGAUCUUAAAGAGGGGUUCUUAGCCUGUCGUUUGAGUUCGUCAGGGCUGAGCAUGACCAGAGACAUGAAGUAGGCAGAUGAUGUAGAACUUAAAAGGCCCAGUCUCUGAAAAUGGAAGCUGGGAAAGAAGAGGAGGAGAACAAAGGGUGGCCUGCAAGGAAACCUUGGUACUUCAAAAUGACUCAUCAACGCAUAUGGAAAGGAGGAAGGACGCGUCUGCAUGAUAAGCCUCCGCGUACAAACUGUCCAUCACUCAUCCUAGGAAAACAGGUUGAGAUUCCCUGAAUUAAUGGUCAGUUCCUGCAGAAGGGCCCUUUGCCUUCACUUAAUAUUUUGUGUUGUCUUCUGGGUGAUUGUGAGUCCUGAUGUUGCAACACUAUUUAAGUAUGAGUUAUUUCUAUUUAUUUUGAGUCUGUGUGGUCUUGUCAUGUGAGUGUGGGUGACUUCUUUUGAAGAUAUACUGUAGCCUAAGUUAAAUCUUGUUACCAAACCAAACUUACUGAUUAUAGAAUUGUGUGAGUCCAGUAGAAUAUAUACUAUUUGUGAAGUGCUUGAUAUACUUUAUAACUAUCAGCAUAUUGGAAGUAUAGAUAAUGAACCACUUGUUUGCAUAGGAUAUUACUUUAUAUAACCCACUGAUACUUGGAUUGACUUGAAUAAUCUUAUUCUCAGACCUCAGAAUAAGAUGUUACCAAAAUAGCUGUUACAUUUAAUUAUCAGCUUUACAACUAUGUAUACACAUAGUCUCAUUUCAUCCCUGUUACAAGGGUGUUGUGGUAAGCACGAUUAUUAUACCCAUUUUGCAGCUGAGGGAGCAGAGAGAUAAAGUAACUUGCCCAAGACAAUAAAUAGCAGACCUCAGAUUUUCAAGACUGUCACCCACUGUCCUUUUAGAAUAAAAUUUACAGAUGUGUUUUAUUUUAAGAAAUUAAUUCAUUCAACAAACAUUUAGGUAGUGCCUUAGCAUGUCAGUCACCCUGCCAGGCAGAGAGUCUACAGAUGUGAGCAAGAUAAAGCAUCUCUCCUCAAGGAGCACGUAGUAUAAUGGGGACAUCAAUAAGGAAAUGUAGCAUGUGUCGUGGCUCCUGCCUGGCCUGGCUCGGGGGCGUGCUGGCUGGGGAGGGGGCCCAGAGCGAGGUUGCCGUGCCUGUCGAUCCUGCCCCACCCCUCUCCCUCCCUCCUCUUUCACCUCCGAGGCCAGGAGGGAGGGAGCGGUGUGCCCGCUAGCUGAGCCGCCAGUCCGACCCUCUGUUCUGCUGUGUGAGGAGCCAGCUGAGUGAAGCUCUGCCCGGAGAUAUAAGG